AUGACCACCACCACCAAUUUGCCCAUUCUGUUGCAAAAGAGUCGGAAAAUGCAAGACUAUUUGGAUCUGCAUCGAAGCAGCUUAUUGGAAUUGGAUGCUGGUCAUGAUCAUCGUCGCAUUGUCAUCAAAGAGCAGGGAACUACUCCGCUCCUUAUUUACAGCAAUCCAGGGGGAGGCAUUGGGGAUCGCGUCAAGGGAAUUUUAGGAGCCUUUUUGUUUGCCCUAUGCACAAAUCGCGUACUCUUGAUUGACUAUCACGAGCCUACCCAUUUGCAUCAAGUGUUGAUUCCGGCGGGGCCCAUUCUAUGGAACGCUUCCUUUUUGGAAGCAGAACAAGGAGGAGAAGAAGACGAGGAUAAUAGUAAACAAAUGCUCAUUCUGGACAAUCAAGAAGCUCAUGAAGUGAAUCAAGAUCCAGGUUUACUGGCGUACAAGAAUCCCAAAUCCAAUUCGAAUUCCAACACUACUGCUACGACCCCUCUAUUGUACAACCGUUUGAUCCUGCGGCUCUCUACGAAUUCAUGGGGAAACUUUUCUUCUUCCAGUCUGCUGGGAGAUUUAUUGGAACCCUAUGGCAAUGUCUUUUCCCUCGAAGCUCAGCACGAUUUAUUUUACACCCUCUUUCAAUUCACGCCCGCCGUCCAAGAACGAGCCAACGCUUUGCUCUCUCUUGAAAACGACAACAACAACGACAACGACGGGGAAGAUUACAUUGCCGUUCAUGUGCGGACGGGUGAUUCUUCCUUUAUUACCGAGUUUUGGAAGGGAAGUGGCAAGAAGCAUGUGGGUAAGCAUCCAAGACAUGCUGGAGAGGAGGUGCCGGAACAAUUCUUUUCCUGUGCCAAGAAAUUGCAAACUGGCAUGAUGAUGAUGAUGACGACGACGACGACGACGACUAUGACACUUGGCGAUCACGAUAAUGAUGAUUCACAACAGAAAAAGCAAUCGAAAAAACAAAUGAAGCAACAACCAAAGUCGAAACCAAAGAUCUAUGUAGCAUCCGACGAAGAUGCCACCAAACAAAAGAUUCGAGACUUUGAUCCUGAAUCCGUGGUGCUGGCCAAGAACAUGACACUGCUCCAUGUCGGUCGAGAGGAUCAAAAGGGGUUUGAAGAAUCCAAGGUGGCCGGACAUUUGGAUGCUUGGGCGGAAAUUUUGAUAUUGGCCAAUGCGGCCUGCAUUGUGGGGAGUCGCAGUGGAUAUUCGGAUUUGGCAGUGGCAUUGUCCAAUCGACAACGCCCACUGAAACGAUGUGGACUCAAAUUUUGGGAAUGCAAUCAAACUGGUAUUGACACGGCACUGGAGAAUCUCAAAAACGAACGAUAA